UCCUCCUUAACGCACUAGAGAAAACAUGGCGGUGAUACUAUCGUUUAUCGACCAGUCUGAUAACGUAGAAAUCGCUCACAGGAAAGACACCGCAGUUUGCGACGCAACGAUAAAUGUUGUAAACAACUGAAUCAGAUUGUCAGAUUGCAAGUGAUAAUAAUUGCUGACAAUGAAUUACAAUGAAAGCUUUUGUCUUCCUUUACUGACAUACAAGUCCCUUGAAUUCCAGCUUGCAUAUUAUAUUAAAAAGUUGAAGUGUAAAAUUAAAGGUUAAAAAGUCAAUGUUUAAUAGUAUUUGGAACGUCUCAAGCCUAAAUAAUUCUUGAUGAAUGGAAGCUACAUAACAAGAUAAAAGCAUUACACAUCAACUUUCAUUACUUAUUUAAGUCAACUUGCACCAUGAAAAGCAAACAAACCAGCCAGCUGACUUCUGGGAAGACUAAAGCUGCUGGGAAAGAUGGAGGGAAAGUGAACCUGGUUAAGAAAUCCUCUUUAAAGUUGAGAGCAAAUGCAUACAAACCUAUUGCUAACAGAACAAGAGAUAAGUCUCCAAAGGAAAUUAAAACUUCCAUAGUCACUUCUAAUAAAAGCAAGCUCCUUAAAGAGAGAACCAAUGGAAGCAAACCAAAAAAUAGUCCCCAAAAACAAUCAGUUGAUUCCAAAAAUAAAUCCAGAAUUCAGAAAUCCAAGCCUGUCAAGUCCAAGUCUGCCAAGCAGAAAGAAAAAUUGAAGCGUUUGACUAGCUCUAAUAGUUUUUUGGAUUUUUGGGGAGCGAAAGUCAUGGGAAAACGUGAGGCAAGCCUUAAUGCUAGCAUCAGAGUAAACAUAAUGUAUGAAAAGCUUGCUCCAUUGAAGUCACAAGCAAAGCUGCCAUCUAAAAAGGUUGAUAGUGUUUGUCCCACAGACAAAGAAGAAAGUGAUAAAGACAAAGUUCAGAAUAAACCAGAAACUGGUUCUGAAGAAAAGAAGAAUAAAUCUAACCCAAAAGAAGGGUCAAAACCUAAAUCGAGUGAAUCUCUAAAGACUCAGAAAUCUAGUAACAAAAUUUCAGCUGUCAAAUCAAAUUCUAAAACAGAAAUCAAUCAAGCUGCUGAUAAAUGGAAGAAAAGAAAAGCUGCAGACACUAAAGAUGAUAAGGAUGAACCUGCAUCUAAAGUCAGAAAAACUUCCCAGGUCAAAAGCAAAUCAAAGAUUGUGGUGAAGAAAAAGAAGAAAAAAAAGACUUUCCCGAGUGGUCAUCAGCUGAGCAAUAUUAUUGAGAAAUCCCCUAGACAGGCAAGUCUAAUAGCCAAAGCUAUGAUAGCCAUGGAGCAGGAAGAAGAGUGUGUUGUGGUAGAGUCUGCUGCCAGGACUAGGGUGUUUGAUUGGACAGAGCUUAGAACUUGCACGCAGAAUCAACGACGGACAAUGUCAUGGAAAGCUGGCCUGGGCAAUGCCAAAAAAGUGGAUGUUGUAAAAGAUGCAGAAGCUGCUGCCGUACAGAAAGAUGAAACAAUGGAGGUAGAUGUAAGUGGCCAGUGUGAGAGUAUUGAAGAUAAUUCAAUCUUGAGAACUCUCCACCAAGUUGGAGAUAGCCGAAUUCUGAAAGAGUAUCUCCGAGCACAAAAGGAAGACUUUCAAGGUCUUAUAGAUGUUGAAAAAUGUUCCACACCAGAAAAGACAAAAAUUUUGACACCUAGCCCUAAAAAAAUAGUUACUCCAGUACUAGAGGAUAAACCUGAAAAAAUAGCUUCUCCAAUAAAACCACAGUCUUGUCGUGUGGCCACACCCAUUCCACAACUUCCAAUCGGUCACAGAACCAGUCACAUGACCAGCUACAUCCACCACCCCAUUCCUCAGCCAGUCUACUCCCAGCAGCAUGCCCAUACACAGCCUAUCAAAGUGCCGCCUAGUUACACCUCGCCUGCUUAUAUUUAUCAAUAUGCUAUGGAUCGACAGCAGGGAAUGUUUGUUCCAUCUAGCCCAUCUCCUGUCCCCUAUGGAGUGACCAAUAAUGACCUGACCAGUGAAUUCUCAUCUACAUACACUUUAAGUCCCAUGGGAGCACUUAGCUUGAGAAGAGGUUCUAUCAAUCCUUACAACACAAGUCUCCAUUUACCUGUUCAGCACAUUGCUGGAUUUAAUUAUCCAUCUUACUAUUCAGCUCCACUUCAAGGUCUGUCCCAGCCAAGUGCCUCUGCAUUGCAGGCCUUACACCAGAGGUUUCCUUUAGUGCAGCCUCAGUCUGUCUUACAUGCACUACCUCAGGAGAUGAGCUCCAUCAACUCCUACCCAGCUGGAUACCAGUCAUACCCUCAGAUGUCUGGUUUAAACCAGGACACCAGUUGCAUGCCUCCACCACCUCCACCCCCAGCUCAUACACACAGACCAACUUCUAUUGGACCGCAAGUGUCCCACCAACCCCCUGCAUCGCCUAUGGAAUCACUAAGAUCAAUGAAUCCGAUUGGUGUCCAGCCCAUUGUCAACUCACCUGUGCUGGACUUUUCUAGCUCAUCUGAGCACCAGAGCUUAAGCUCCCAUAGGCCAGUGGCUCAGACACCUUACAGUAAAAAUGUGUACUUCCCUACAAACCUGGGCACAAACACUGGCUCACCAGCCAAGUAUGUGGUCAGUGUUUCUGGGUCCUCAAUGGCAGCUCCCUGUAAGAAAGAAAAAGAAGACUAUCCUCCCUCCAAUUGUGAUGUGCUGCAAAAGAACAGUGCUUGUCAAAUAGAUUGCUCUCCAAGGGCAGCUAAUUCUAGACGAAAGUCUGCUGAAAGCUCUGAUGUCUCUGACCUUCUCCACAGUGCCCAUUCUGCCAUGUAUCAAAUAGACAACAUGAACACAGAAAUCCACCAACCUAUGUCCUCUGCCUCAAGCAGCAGCUCCAUGGGGAAAACUAGUCCUUCCAAAGUCAGCAUUGCUGGCCAUGCGUCUUUCAAUGCUUCCUAUUCUGUCUCUUCCAUUCUUGACAUGCCUAGUUACAAGGUCAAGCCUGAACCAGACCACAAAAUGUAUUCCAUAUCUAUAAAUAACAAUAACACUAUCAGUAGCAACAACAAUCUGUACAGUCUAAACAGAAAGCCUGUAGAGAUUGCACCUGUAGAAAAGGUUUCUGCAAAUAGCUUAGCUCCAUCUAGUACCCAAAAAGGUACAAAUUGUUUUGACUUAAAGAAAGAAAUUCUAUCAAAGAAAGAAACUCAAUCUAGUAUCAGAAGUCAGAAACCAAUUGUAGAACAAGUGUCAGUCUUCAAAAAAGCACCAGUUAAUUUUGUUACCAUUAAACCUGCAGAUCGCCCAGUAGCAAAGCCCCCAAAACCUUCUGUUGACUUUGUGGCUAUUCGAACCCAGACCCCAUUCACUUAUUCCAUUCUCAAAAACCAGAAACCAUCUAUUGAGUAUGUUGUAAUCAGGCCUCCAAAGCCAAUCAUUGACCAACCAGUGAAAGCUCAAAAACCUGUGUUUGAUCAUUCUGUUCUGAAGUCUCAGAAACCUCCAAAUGAGAUUACUCUGGUAACUUCUGCCAAAGUUUCAGCUAGCUUGGAUAAACUUGAUAAAACUAAAGGCAUCAAUGAUGUUAUAGUUAUAGAUGAUACAGAUGAAUCAUCUGAUGAUGAGCCAUUGGCAAAGUUUGUCAAAGCCAAAACGUCAGAUGUCUCUGACAUACAAGUGUCUGAUAAGAACAAAACUCAGCAACAGCAAUCUAGUGGCACACUUAGUCAAAAGGCUAAAGUGAAAGUUAGCAAACCAUUAGAGAGCAAGCAUAAAGAUGAAAGUAAGAUUAAAGCUAUGAAAAAAACUGAAAAGCUUGGCAGUUUGGGAAAUUUGAAGCUUCAGAACAAGGACAAAAUCAUAGGAACUUCCAAAUCUUCAGAGUCAGUCAAAAAGCCUGUAGUGAAGUUUAAAGAUGACAUUUCUAUAGGCACCAAAUCCCUCUUAAGUGUAACUAUUGAUGACAUAGCACUAGAUGUCAAGAACAAAUGUGUCAACAAAAAAAUGCCUGCUGUUAGUCAGUCAAAGUCCAAGAAACUUGUCAAGAGAGUCAAGGAAGACCCCAUGUUUCUCAUUCCACUUCCUAGGACCAACACCAAUCAUGGCUGGACAUGGGUAGGGGAAGGAGAGAUGAGAAACAUCCCAAAGUUGACUUUGGGUCGUGAAGAACAAGUCAGAGUACACAAAUGUUACAAAGCCAUGUGUCACAGUUCUGGUGAAGUGGUCUCUGUAAGAGACUGUGUUAUUCUUCAGUCUGAUGGGGAUGGCAGUGUUCCUUAUGUAGCCAGAGUAACUUGUCUGUGGGAGAACUUGCAUGGUGAAAUGAUGUUCAGCAUGCUGUGGUACUACCAACCUGAACAUACACUACAAGGUCGUGAGCCUGAGGAUGGAGAACAAGAAUUGUUUGCCUCUAAACACAGAGAGGAGAACAGUGUGGCCUGUAUAGAUGACAAAUGUUUUGUGCUUUUGUUUAAUGAGUACUGCAGGCUAGAAGCUGAAACUGCUCGAGCAGAACAAGGAGUACCAUUACCAAGGUGGCGAGCUCAGCUAAACACAAUAUCAGAGGAGGACCAAAUGUUUCGCAGGCCUAGACCUCCUCCAAAUGCUUGUGUGGACAACAUUUGGUUUUGCAGGUAUGACUACGAUAUUCGCAAAAAAGUUGUCAAGAAGCCAAAACACAAGAAAUCAAAUUUGCGCUACAGGCCACCUGUCAAAGUUUUAAAGUAAAUGCACACUUAAGCAAUAGUUAUCUUUUUGUGGUAACAAGUACUGCUGCUUGUUGAACUAUGCUGUUGUAAUAGCUGCUUUUAGAUGCUAAGACUUUCUGUUAGCAUAUCAAACCAUGUCAACAAGCUCUCAAUCUUUCCAAUGCAAUUUUUUUUUUGUUUUUUUUACCCAUUUAAAAAGAUUCCCCAAGCUUUCAACAAAUAUUAUGCAUUUUAUUUUAGAUAAUUUACAUUAAAGAUUUUUUUCUUUAUAAAGCAAGCAUUCUCUUUCUGUGCCAAAUAUUGUAUCCAGCUUGGAAUGGCAGUGUCUUUAAUUCGAAAAGAUGAGUGUGGACAUUGUGCACUAUCAUUAGAAUGUUUACAACAGCAGUUGUAAAAUAAUUGAGAAUGUUCUGUGAUAGAAUAAUUGCUAAGUGAUCAAGCUAGAACAGACCUGAAUGAGAACUAGCUUAAAAUAGGGGGAAGAAUUGGAACAAAUAAUAGCAAGGAAAGAUAGUUUAGGGACAAAGUUGUUCCUUUCUUGUGUUGAAAUGUCACAAUUAACUAUUCCAUUUAGUGGAGUCCUCAUUUACACUUGCUGUUUUGUUUUUUUUAAUCAUCAUUUUGGACUAUUAUUGUGGAACUGUUUAUUUAAUUGGUUGUUUGGAACAUGGCAUUGUGACCUUUAUCAUUUGUUGAGCAUGUAAUUAUGUGGGAUUACUUAAAGCCAUUUCUGUAACAAAGAUUUUGUUAUUAAUGGUUAUCCAGUUUACAUUUCACAAAUUUGUAAAUUAGCAUAUUCUCCAAUAAUCCCAGUGAUAUCAGAUCAAAGUAAUGCUUUGAAAGAUUCCCCUGCUUCCCACUUUGAUAAUAAUACCCAACUGAUUGUAAUACACAUGGAAUCAACAUAAGAAAUCAGAUUUGUUGUUGAAGUGUAUUGUCACUGUACAUUUUCAGUUCAUCUAUUUGUGUACAUUUGUUACUGUUGAUGAAACAUAAAUAGCCUUGACUGUUUUCUUGAUGUUGUAUCAAUUAGGUUAGUUGCAGUUCACUGAACUGCUUUUUGGUGUGUCUAAUUGGAAGCUUCUAGUUCAUUGUCUUAUUUGUUGAUAGCCUUUGUGCCUCAGGACUCCUACUCUAAAGCAAAAUGUAUCUGAUUUUGUUGCAUGGUCUUCAGAAUGUUGACUGUACUGAUAUGUUCAUGACAUUAUUGUACAGCGAUUGCAUUUUCACUGUCUUUAAAUGUUUAAUUUCAUUGUAUGCUUUAGUUCUUAUUUUAUUUGGUCUACUCUAACCUUUGUGCUGUGAGAGCAAACCAUUCCAUCGUGUUGACCUGGGGAGAAAACCCUGGUUUGAUCUGGAUCAACUGUAUUAGCAUUUACAACUAGGGAAUCUCUGAAAAUGUUUACUUUUUAGUUACUUUAAAAAAAAAAUAUCUUGUAUGCAUGAUCAAAAUCAUUCAAUCAUAGCUUACCUUGCUUUGAAUUGUGGGUGAUCGUGGCCUGUCCCCCUUGGAUUUCCAUUUUAGGGAUGUCUUGCAUUUGAAGGACGCAACCUGUUCACCUACUUUUUUUUUUUUUACAAGGUCAAUCAAUUUGACAGUAGCAUUGUUGCUGUAUGACCAAAUGAGUCUCCCAAUUUAUAGCAUGUCCUAUUUGAAACUGUUCAUAAUUUCAUUCUCUGUGUCAUUGAAACCAAACACUUUCUUUGUGCACUUUUUUCUGAAUCAAAUUUAUUUGCAUUUCUCAGGCAGUCCAUUUUUUGUUGUAGCAUUUCUUUCUUUCAUCACUGAAGAGUUUUUUGGUUGUAGCAUUUCUUUCUUUCAUCACUGAAGAGUUUUUUGGUUGUAGCAUUUCUUUCUUUCAUCACUGAAGAGUUUUUUUUGUUGUUUUUUUUUCAUUUGUAGCUUUACUUUCAGAGGCCCUACAUUUUAGUUCAUAAACUUUUCAGGUGUAAACAGCAAGUUGUAACUGUGUACAUUGUGUCACCCUGCUUGUCUUUCUUUCUGUCUUGUGACUACUGUACAGUAUUUAUACAUUUGUCUUUUCUUCAUUCAUCCAUUAUUCCAAGACUUUGAAUUAUGUAAUUAGUCAGACAUAUGGCUCUUUUCUUUUAUGAAAUUCCACUUGGUUAUACGCUUCACUGCUCAUGGCAUUAGGCUAUUUAUUUGAAUGUCAAUGUUUUGUGCUCCAUUUUCUGGCUAUUAUUUUUAGUGAUGAAUUAUUUAUAUUUUAAUGCAAUUGUUGGAUUACUGUACAAUUAAUCCUAUAAUAUUUAUACAUGUAUAUAUAUGUAUGUGUGUAUUUGUUAACAUUUAGUACACUAUAUUAGCAAUAUGCUUUUUUUUUUUUCAGCAAAUUUUUUUGGAAAAUUAUUUCCUUGUGUUUAGUUGUAUAAAACUAUUUUAAUUUUGCUUCUAUAUUAUCUUAUAUCUAUAGUUGUUCAGGAAGUAGUGACCUUAUAAAUUUGCAGUGCAAAAUUAGUGAAAUAUUUUUUUUUGGUUGUAAUGGAAAAGUAAAAAAGUGCAAUAACAAUUUAUACAUUGACUUAGUAAUCAUUAUGAUUUCUACAAAUAUUCAGAAGACAACUGCAAGUCAGUUUUUAGAGUCUCAGAGAAUUUUUUUGUCCAAAUUUUACAGUCACUCCUAUUGCGCAGUGUUUAUGGUCAACUCCUAUUGCAGAAUAACAUAUGUCCAACAAAUUGUCAAAUGAAAGCUAAUGCAGAGUUGUGUAAUGCCAACUCUAUAAUUUGAAUGCUUGAGGCUUCUUUUCAUAAGUUAAUGAAGGUAAACAUUUUUAAUAUAGACUGGAUUUAUUGUUUUUAUCUUUGCUUAAGCUGAAAAUUGGAGUGAAUGGAUUGAUUUUUUAACACUGCUCUAAUUUGUCAUUUAGUACUUGAACUCUCCCAUUGAAACCUUGAGUAGAGGCUACAAUAGCAAACUCUUUGCAUUUAGACAUUAGGUGGUAAAGUCUUGGGAUUUGAAGUUUGACAGAAGUUUGGAUUUGACUUGAAAGAAAGUGUUUUUGUAACACUUUGUUUGAGGCUGAUUUGAAAGACUGAUAAAUUUGUCAUCUUACAGUGAAUACCAAAACUUUAUCAUUUACAAUACUUCUAGAACUUUCUAAUGACACCUUGUACCUAGAGUUAUUAAAUAUUUCAAAAUGUACAGCCUAAACCUAGUGUUUAUCCAUGUCCUUGUAAGACAACAUACAAGAUUGAUAUAUUAUUUUGUAGAGAAAAUAUUGUCUCCUUUGAUAUUAUUUAGUCACUACAUGUCUGACAAUAUGUUCAAAUAUUAAAGCAAAUGUAUGUAUGUAAUAAUUGUCACAUGUUAUCACAAUAAUUUUUUGAUUUUUAUUAUUCUGUAUCAAUGUUUUUAAUGAAAAUUUUGUAUUUGUUUUGUGCAUUGUGUCACUGUUAGCAAAAGUAAAUUUUUAAAUCUUUCUUCAGCAUGUGUGCAGGAUUGACUAUUUACAAAUAUUUUCUUUAUAUCAUUUGAAAAAAAAAAACUUUCAUCUGCCAUUGAAUAUUCUCUUCAGUAAUUUCCAUUUUAUUUUAUCAAAGAUGUCUUCAGUUUUUUAGCAAGACCUUUACUAAACAUUUUUUUUAUACAGAGACUAUAUUAUAGUAGUUUACAUUGUCACUUGUAAAGGAUCAAAAAAUGAAAUCUAUUAACCAGGUUGAUAUUUCAAUGUGAAGGUUUAUCUUACACUUCAAACAUGAAAAGUUCAAUUCAAUAAUCUCAAUAGUUGUUGGAAAUACUACGGAACAAACUUUUUUUUUACACCCAAUAGUGCACCAACUUGGCUUCAUAAAAUUGUGCUGUUUUUUUGAAAAUUAUUUUUCUAGCGUAUUGAUUGUAACAUAUUACAUAUUUGCCAUUCAGUUGAUUUUUUUUCUGCAUAAUAAAUUUCAAUUUUGUAUGCUGGAUGUCUUUAAAAAAAUGUAAAAAUUGCUUUAUAAUAUAGAGAAAAAAGAUGGCUUUGCUGUAGAAUAAGCCACUUGUAUUCAGUAUAUUAGAUUUUAGCAAAAGCUCUUUGUAUUCAGCUGACUUGGUAGUAGUACAAGCUAAUCAUGUUCACUACGUUUGAUUUUAGUAUGAACCACUUUCAUUCAGUUUGUUUGUUGGAGGAAUUUUACUGUGUAUGAAAAAUGAAAUACCAAAAAAAAAUGUAUGUGAUUUAAAACUUUAAAAAAAAUGCAAUAUAUUUUCAUUUUAUUUAUUUCAAGCUGAGCUGUCUGAUAUAUUUUAUAUAAUAAAUGAAAUCAAUUGGAAUUAAUUCCCAAAGUAACUUGCUGUGUACAGCUUGAACAGUUUUGAUUGGCUCAUGACGAUUGUUUUCUUGGCACCUUUGGCUAGUGUGUGCUGCUUCUUUAUUGAAUGAGCAUAUCUCUAGGCUAUGAAGUAAGCAAUGUGUGCAAGGCAAGCACUUAUGCAAUUGGACAUGCUCUGUGUUAUGUCACAAUAGUUGAAUCCAUGUAUUUAGAAAUAUUUGUUGACCAGUUGCAGGUCAUUGGUAGAGCCUGCCCUUCUUUGUUGUCUAUGAAUUGCAACAGCAUUUGUAAGUUUUGGCUUGUAAAUACUAAUCAGUAACCAUUAUUUAUUUCUAGUCAUGUUGGUCUUUUUGUCAAUUGAAAUGGGCGAGAAACUUGCAGAAUUAAAGGUAAUUGUUGUCAUGGUGAUGUUUAUGGCCAAUUAGUACACCUAGGGCUAAUCUGUCAGCCAUGACAUCUGGCAUUACAUUUGUACUUAGUUGAAAGUAACAAGAUUAUGUGUCGCUAUUUAUGUAAAAAGAUAGUGUGAAAAUCGAUAUAAGUUUAAACUAGCCUACUUUUAAGUAGGUGUUGUACGAGUCAGCUCUUAGCUGGCACUAGUCAUUAUAGAAGACAAGGUGUGCAGUCAUUGAAUCAUCACAUGAGCUUAAAUUAGUUACUUUUUUAAAAUGUAUUUCAUAAAUAGAUGUUAUAUAUUUUAUUAAAAUACAGACAUCUUGUUUCAACACAAAUAUUUCUGAGAAAACUUUGGCCUCUAUAGUGAAAUAAUUAUUAGACAAAAUUUCAUAAAAGUAUUAUUGCAAUGUUUGAAAUAAUUUAUUCAAUAUUUAAAUAAUGUGUACAGUACAAACUGAAAAUAUUGAAUGAAAUAUAUAUGUUUAUAUAUAUAUAUGAUAAAAGAUUAAUAUACUGUUCGAUAUAUAUAUAUAUAUAUAUAUAUAUAUAUAUAUAUAUAUAUACUGUCUUCUCUGGAAAUUUACUUUUGUAAACUGACAAUUUAGUUUUCACUAUAGUUUCUUUGGUUUCAUGAAGAUGUUCUUGUACAUUGUGCGGACACCUACAGUUUCUUGAUGUGAACUAUUUAUUGACUCUUGUGUUUAUGUUUAGUGAUCUGCACCUUCAAUGUGAACUUGUUCACUUAGCUAGAGAACUGACUGGAACCUUUGGUUUACUCAAUAAAGACAUAUUUUACCAAU